AUGUAUGACUUCCAAGGUAACCCCAAGAAGUCUGGAGGAGAUGCAAUUGUAACCCGAUUGCACAACAGGGCACUUGAAGCAGGUGUGGCUGGACGAGUGGUGGAUCACCUUAAUGGCUCCUACUCUGCUGUAUUCUCUUUACUCUGGGAAGGAAGUGCACAGGUUGAGGUUACGCUUGUCCACUCAAGCGAGGCUAUCACAGUCCUCCGUAGGCUAAACAGAGAAGAGCCUGAUAGGACUAUCUUAAAGAGCCUCUUCCACUCAGGUUCAAUCUCUGAAACUACCAUCUGUAAUAUUUGUCUACGUCAAACCAACCAGCCACAGUGCAACUACACUGACCUCCGUACUGGUGACCCAUGGUUCUGCUACAAGCCAAAGAAACUGAGCUGUGAUGACAGGAUGAACCACAUGAACGGAGGAAUGCGUAUAAAACUCAAGGCUAAUGAGGCGAACCUUUUCAAAAGCAAUGUCAACAUGCAAGUCUUCAUUCAGGCUUCAGGACCGGCCAAUGUUACUGUGCUGCCUCCAAGGAAAGAGCAACCCAUGGAUAGUCUAGGCAGUGGGAAGUCUGGACUCUCUGGGUAUUACUACCAGGGUGUGUGGCGACCACUAGGUGGCACCAAAGUCUACCAAUUCAACAACUCCUCUGCCAUCAGUCAGUGUCUGAAAGGAAAGGUGGUCCACAUGUAUGGAGACUCCACCGUCAGGCAGUGGUUUGAGUACCUUGAUGCUUCACUUCCAGAUGCUAAAGAGAUAAACCGGAAUAAUCCGAAGAAAUCAGGACCUUUCAUGAUAUGGGACAAUGCAAAAAACAUCUUGGUGAAGUUCCACUUACACGGUCCUCCUCUUAGUGUUUCCAUCCAUAUCCCAACCAGUGAGCUGCGUUACAUUGCCAAUGAAAUAGAUGAUGUAGUUGGUGGCACCAACACAGUUGUAAUUUUUGGCAUCUGGGCCCACCUCACUCCUUUCCCAAUGCAAUUCUACAUCAGAAGGCUUUACGGCAUCCGCAGGGCGGUGAUUCGUCUGUUAAACAGGGCUCCAGACACGCUGGUGGUCAUCAGGACUCCAAACCUCAGAGGUACAAACCCCUAUAUAUUUACCUUUAAUGACUGGUAUGCUAUUCAACAGGACAAGGUGGUCAGAGCUGUGUUCAAAGGACUUAAUGUUCAGCUGGUGGAUGCCUGGGAGAUGGUUCUGGCCCACCACCUGCCUCACUACAUUCACCCACCUCCUCCCAUCAUUAAGAAUAUGGUUAACAUUAUAUUGUCACACAUGUGCCCCCAAUAGUGCAUUUAAUAAUAA